AUGGCGGUUAAAGGGGUUGAUUUCAAAUAUGAUGGGUUCUUCUUGUUGCUACAAUAUUUUAGAAUUAUUGUGGCAAUCAACUGGAAGAGAUACCAUUCGUGUGCAUACCCCUUGCAUAUAUGGACUGUGGUUGACUAUACGACUACGUUUAUUUUCCGGCUCUUGAUGUUUGUGGAUAAUGGUUUAGCUGCUGGAAUGGGAUUGGACCUCGGUUGGCAGCAGAGGUAUCAACUAUUUUAUGGAAGGAUUGUUGUACUUUCCAUCCUUGUUCUGCUCCUUUAUCCCUUCCUUUUGGCUUGGACGGUCAUUGGUACUCUCUGGUUCACUCGUUCAAGAAACUGCUUGCCAGAAGAUGGUCAAAAAUGGGGAAUCCUUAUUUGGCUGCUUUUCAGCUAUUCUGCACUCGUUUGCAUUGCUUGCAUCUGUGUGGGAAAGAUAAGUGACGCCUUUACUUAGAAGUUAGAACCUGCGUUACUUUAUUCGAGCUUUUGUAGGCCGAAUUAAGAUGGAGAUUGUGUCAUAUGCGUUUUAACAGAUUGUUCUUUUAACAAAACAUGUAUUCUAAGUUGAUCUUUCUCCAUAUCUUGCAGUGAUUAACAAGGAGACAAGCGCAUCUAUUGCGUGCACAACAAGGGAUCCCUGUUUCAGAAU